GCAGACACGCAGGCUCACACGCGGAGCACUGGGAAGUACACAUUUACUGUACUGCAUGCCGACUGCCUUGAAGAAACUGUAGCUAACCACCUUAUUAGUAUUCUUGCCUCCACCGUGUCUCACUUGCAGCAUCAGAGGGCUGAGCAAAUGCAGUAGAACAGGGACAGACACAGCUCUGGCAAUCAUCUCAAUGCAGGCUGCCGAAUGUUGGGGGUGGGGGAUGCAGCACAUCAAGAUUAAUAACCUUGCCAUAAUCCGGGGCACCCUGCAAGCAGACACCUCUGCUGAUUGACCUGCUCCUGGCUUGAUGCAUCUGCCUGGGGGAGAGGGAUCCGGAAUCUACCUAGUCCUGGGGCCCCCCUGAUUUUGGAUGUUCAUUUGAUCCUUCACAGAUCUGGGAAGGUAACAGUGAGCUGUGCCAUCUGCAGCACACAGCAGCUCUUGGAGGUUACUACUGACAGUUUUCAUUACACUGGUUUGUGUGAGUGCCUGUGUUUGUAUGUGUUUGUGAGUGUGGGUGCCUGCUUUGCAUGAAAGAGAAUGUGUGAGUGUCCGUGUGUGUGUACGUGUUAGUGUGACAACCAAAGCAGGUAUUUCGUACAGUAAGAGAUUUCAACAGCGUGACAAUAUUCUCCGGGCACUUGGGCUCACAGUCUGUAGCCCCCACCCCCAGCCUUUCGCCACCUCCUUGCUUCCCCACUCCCCCUUCUGCUUUUGCCUUUGAUGAGUUUUUGGCUUACUUUUUGGCGGAGUCUCUUGGACACGUUUUUGCUGGUGCUGGAAGAUCAGAUACAUGGAACCUUUGAAAACUGAUUAUUUUUCUCCGAUAUGACUUAAAAAAAUAAAAAGAAGAAAAGAAAAUAGAGUAGUGCACGGCAAGCUAGAGGAUUGUAAAUUUUCCUUGGUGAACUUUGAGGAUCCAUAAAGAAGGAGUUACUGGAAAAGCAAGAAUAACUUAUGCGGAUUAACAAUAUGGAAACAUCCUGAAACUACUUUGGAAUCGCCAUAAAUUAAGUGGGUUCAAGUUUUGCAAACAGAGAAACGGGUCCAUGAACAAUUUGCUACAGGUUUAAAGAAGUAUCUGCAGAAAUCCAGAGCACUUAUUAAACUUCUUUGAGUUUUCUCAGGAAGAUCAAUACCUGUUGGAGAAAUUUUACUAAGAUUGGCAAACGCACUGCCUAUUUACAGCAUAGAGACCCCAGUGGAGAGCUAGACUGUUUGAAUUCUAGAAGGACCAACACCAGAUAAAUUAUGAAUGUUGAACAAGAUGACCUUACAUCCACAGCAGAUAAUGAUAGGUCCUAGGUUUAACAGGGCCCUAUUUGACCCCCUGCUUGUGGUGCUGCUGGCUCUUCAACUUCUUGUGGUGGCUGGUCUGGUGCGGGCUCAGACCUGCCCUUCUGUGUGCUCCUGCAGCAACCAGUUCAGCAAGGUGAUUUGUGUUCGGAAAAACCUGCGUGAGGUUCCGGAUGGCAUCUCCACCAACACACGGCUGCUGAACCUCCAUGAGAACCAAAUCCAGAUCAUCAAAGUGAACAGUUUCAAGCACUUGAGGCACUUGGAAAUCCUACAGUUGAGUAGGAACCAUAUCAGAACCAUUGAAAUUGGGGCUUUCAAUGGUCUGGCAAACCUCAACACUCUGGAACUCUUUGACAAUCGUCUUACUACCAUCCCGAAUGGAGCUUUUGUAUACUUGUCUAAACUGAAGGAGCUCUGGUUGCGAAACAACCCCAUUGAAAGCAUCCCUUCUUAUGCUUUUAACAGAAUUCCUUCUUUGCGCCGACUAGACUUAGGGGAAUUGAAAAGACUUUCAUAUAUCUCAGAAGGUGCCUUUGAAGGUCUGUCCAACUUGAGGUAUUUGAACCUUGCCAUGUGCAACCUUCGGGAAAUCCCUAACCUCACGCCGCUCAUAAAACUAGAUGAGCUGGAUCUUUCUGGGAAUCAUUUAUCUGCCAUCAGGCCUGGCUCUUUCCAGGGUUUGAUGCACCUUCAAAAACUGUGGAUGAUACAAUCCCAGAUUCAAGUGAUUGAACGGAAUGCCUUUGACAACCUUCAGUCACUAGUGGAGAUCAACCUGGCACACAAUAAUCUAACAUUACUGCCUCAUGACCUCUUCACUCCCUUGCAUCAUCUAGAGCGGAUACAUUUACAUCACAACCCUUGGAACUGUAACUGUGACAUACUGUGGCUCAGUUGGUGGAUAAAAGACAUGGCCCCCUCCAACACAGCUUGUUGUGCCCGGUGUAACACUCCUCCCAAUCUAAAGGGGAGGUACAUUGGAGAGCUUGACCAGAAUUACUUCACAUGCUAUGCUCCAGUGAUUGUGGAGCCCCCUGCAGACCUCAAUGUCACUGAAGGCAUGGCAGCUGAGCUGAAAUGUCGGGCUUCCACAUCGCUGACAUCUGUAUCUUGGAUUACUCCAAAUGGAACAGUCAUGACACAUGGGGCAUACAAAGUGCGGAUAGCUGUGCUCAGUGAUGGUACGUUAAAUUUCACAAAUGUAACCGUGCAAGAUACAGGCAUGUACACAUGUAUGGUGAGUAAUUCCGUUGGGAAUACUACUGCUUCAGCCACCCUGAAUGUUACUGCAGCAACCACUACUCCUUUCUCCUACUUUUCAACUGUCACAGUAGAGACUAUGGAACCGUCUCAGGAUGAGGCACGGACCACAGAUAACAAUGUGGGUCCCACUCCAGUGGUCGACUGGGAGACCACCAAUGUGACCACCUCUCUCACGCCACAGAGCACAAGAUCGACAGAGAAAACCUUCACCAUCCCAGUGACUGAUAUAAACAGUGGGAUCCCAGGAAUUGAUGAGGUCAUGAAGACUACCAAAAUCAUCAUUGGGUGUUUUGUAGCCAUCACACUCAUGGCUGCAGUGAUGCUGGUCAUUUUCUACAAGAUGAGGAAGCAGCACCAUCGGCAAAACCAUCACGCCCCAACAAGGACUGUUGAAAUAAUUAAUGUGGAUGAUGAGAUUACGGGAGAUACACCCAUGGAAAGCCACCUGCCCAUGCCUGCUAUCGAGCAUGAGCACCUAAAUCACUAUAACUCAUACAAAUCUCCCUUCAACCACACAACAACAGUUAACACAAUAAAUUCAAUACACAGUUCAGUGCAUGAACCGUUAUUGAUCCGAAUGAACUCUAAAGACAAUGUACAAGAGACUCAAAUCUAAAACAUUUACACAGUUACAAAAAACAAACAAUCAAAAAAAAGACAGUUUAUUAAAAAUGACACAAAUGACUGGGCUAAAUCUACUGUUUCAAAAAAGUGUCUUUACAAAAAAACAAAAAAGAAAAGAAAUUUAUUUAUUAAAAAUUCUAUUGUGAUCUAAAGCAGACAAAA